CUGUGAGGCGGAGGCAAUGGCGAAUUCUUUGGUGAUUGGCUUAAGAGUUCUGUUUGCAGCUUUGGGCUGCGCGAUGACCGUCACUCUCGUUUACACCCUCUCCGUCGACGGCCUUCCCUUUCGCAAGGACCUUCUUACUCCGUGGAUGGUCGCUACCUUGAUUGAUUUCUACAUCAAUGUUGUUCCUUUCGCGAUUUGGAUUUCCUACAAGGAGUCAAACUGGAUUAUUGCUACAUUGUGGGUUAUAUUACUAGUAUGCUUUGGAAGUAUCACUACAUGUGCCUACAUUCUGUUGCAAUUUAUGAAGCUAUCGACUGCAGAAUCGCAAGAUCCUAUGUACUAUGUUCUGUUGCGACAUUCAAACGGUUAUGGUACGGAAAGUAAGAAGAAGUGCUCCCACGUUAUGAUUGCAAGAGUUACCUUUAUUGCUUUGGGUCUCUUGAUGCUGGGAACACUUCUGUACACUCUCUUAACAGACGGUACUCCUUUUCGCACAGAGCUUUUGACUCCGUGGAUGAUAGCAACACUUAUUGACUUUUACAUCAAUGUUGUUGCUCUAUCAGUUUGGGUAGUCUACAAAGAAUCAAGUUGGACUACAGCAGCUCUUUGGAUAAUCUUUUUGAUAAGUUUUGGCAGCAUUACCACAUGUACCUAUAUUGUCCGGCAGCUGUUUCUGUUGACAUCCCAAGAUCCACUCUAUGUUGUUCUACUAAGAAGUGGUAGUAGGGCAGAAAGCAGAAGUGACGGAGCUUUGAUCUGAUGAGACACUGUAAAAUUUGAGGUUGAUGUGCAAUUCACGACCUGUAUAGCGUGUUGAUGUGCAAUUCAAGACCUGUAUAGCGUGUUUCUGUGUGGCAUAUUUUGAAGACGCUAUUCUAAGAGUGCAGAGUGCAUAUAGUCAUAUCUAUAUUUUGUUCAGGAGAAAAGGCCACUUGAGCAGUCUCUUUGUAAAUUUCAGAAUUAAUUUUAUGAUUCAUAAAAAGCACCUUCUAAAUUUCCAAAACAGAAAAUACCUCUCGGAAUGGGAGCAAACAUGUUCAUGUGUAAAGUGCAUAUGGUUAUAUAUGAUGCAGAAUAUGUUAUCGUUAAAAAUAAUUAUCGUUGAGUGUUGCUUCA